GGGCGGGCGGCGGUGACGCGCGCGGAAGAGCCUUGUGCAUCCGCGGAAGCUGGCGGCCUGAAGAUCGGCGGCGGCGGCGGCGGCGGCCUCGGCCGGGCCCCCCAGGUGGAGGGGUCGCGGAUCGCUCAGAGGCGGCUGGACUCCUGCGGUUCUACCGCCACGGGCGGCCCCAUGAGUCGGGGCACCAUGCCGCAGCCCGGAGCGUGGCCGGGAGCGAGCGGAGCGGAGCAGCUCACCCGGGAGGCGGGGGCCGCGUCCCCGGGCCCCUCAAGAGCCGCGGCGCGGGAGGGCGGGAAGGCGGCGGCCGGCGGGCAGCCGCGAGCCGCGGUGCGGUGCCCGGCGGAGCAUGAGGAGGACAUGUAUCGUGACGCGGAUGAAAUAGAAAAGGAGAAAGAAUUACUUAUACAUGAAAGAGUGUCAUCAGAACCCAGAUUAAGUGUAGCCCCUGAAAUGGAUAUCAUGGACUACUGCAAGAAGGAAUGGAGGGGAAAUACGCAAAAAGCAAUAUGUAUGAAAAAGGGCUACGAGGAGGUGUCUCAGAAAUUCACAUCCAUAAGGCGAGUCCGUGGAGAUAAUUACUGUGCGCUGAGGGCCACGCUGUUCCAGGCCAUGAGCCAGCAGGCGGUGCCGCCCCCUUGGCUGCAGGACCCGGAGCUCAUGCUGUUACCGGAAAAACUCAUAAGCAAAUACAACUGGAUCAAGCAGUGGAAACUUGGGCUGAAAUUUGAGGGGAAGAGCGAGGACCUGGUUGAUAGAAUUAAGAAGUCCCUCACUCUGCUCAGGAAGAAGUGGGCAGGCUUGGCUGAACUGAACUCUGCUGAAGCAAGGCAGAUGGCUUGUGAUGAACUGUUCUCAAAUGAAGAAGAGGAAUAUAGCCUCUAUGAAGCUGUAAAAUUUCUAAUGCUAAACAGAGCCAUUGAACUAUAUGAUGAUAAAGAGAAGGGAAAGGAAGUACCAUUUUUUUCUGUGCUUCUGUUUGCUCGGGACACAUCGAGUGACCCUGGACAGCUGCUGAAGAACCAUCUAAACCAGGUGGGACACACAGGUGGCCUUGAACAGGUGAGUUGUACCUUUGGGAGUGUAUUAGCCCAAAACAGUAGCUUUAACCAUCAAAUAUUAUCUCAUAGUUUUUAUGGGUCAGGAAUUCAGGAGCAGCUUAAUUGGGUGGUUGUAGCUUAAUUGGGUGGUUCUAGCUCAAGUUCUCAGGAGGCUGCAGUCGUCUGAGGACUCAGUUGGGGCUGGAGGAUACACUUCUAACAUGGCCCACUCACCUGGCUAUUGGCAGGAGGCCUUGUUGAUAGUCAGCAGGAGGGUUCAGGUCCUUUCCACAGGGGCCUUUCCAGUGUCCUCAGGACAUAGCAGCUGUCUUCUUAGAAAGUGGUCCAAGAAGAGAGGAAGGAGGAAGCCACAAUAUAAUGCCUUUUAUCGUCUCAUCUUGGAAGGGACAAACCAUCAUUUGCAUCAUAUUCUGUUUGUUAAAAGCAAGUUGCUAAAUCCAUCUCACACUCAAGGGGAGAGCAUGAGGUUCCACCUUUCCAAGUGAGGCAUGCCAGAGAAUUGUGAAUCUGUUUUAUAACCUUCAUGGUCAGCUCAGCCUGGCUUUCUUCUGUAUGGGAUCAGAACUGUUGGCUCUGGUAGGCUACAAAUAAGAGAAGCGUUUGGAUGAGCCAUCUGAAGGGUCUUAUUUAAACUUCGCAGUUGUAGCUGUAUUGAUAGCAUCCUUUAAAAAUAGAAGUGGAAUGGGACUCUCUUGUUCCCUCCUGGCAUGAGCCAGGAGCUCUGUCCCUUCACUU